AUGGACGAAGUACUAAACUACUUUAAACUGGUUUACUCUCCAAAAAGUCCAGCCACAGAAGAGAUCGUAAAGAUAUUCUCUGAAAUGUUCAAAACUAUCGAAGGACUAGAAGAUUCGGAAGCACUAGAAACAUUUUUUAAAAGCGAAGAAGUUUUCUCUGCCUUUGCAGCUAUCCAAUUCGACGACAGUUUUAAAAGUCGCACAGAUGUUUCUAACAUCAAAAAUUUUGAAGUUUCUAUAAGGUUUCCCUCUGAUCUCAGAAGAACAUAUAAUAGAACAAAUCCAACUUCUGUAGAGACAAACUGGGCAACAAAUUUAGUUUUUCCCAAUAUUGAGCCACAAGGACCUCGAUUGUUUGAAAUCACUACUGGCGGUACUCCAAACUACCAUGACGAGGGAUUUUUGGCCAUUCAACACUUUCUUGCAAUCGCCCUAAUAUCCGCCAAGGAAAAAACUGAUCCCAAAGAACUUUUGAGCAAAAAUAAAUUUCCGUUAAUAAGCAUGAGGCGGUAUCCGCAUCCAGAUUGGAUACAGGAUGAUUUAGGACAUGGUUUAUCAUUCUUCAUAAUCCUCGUGUUAGUGAUGUGUUUUGGACAACCCCUUACUAAUAUGAUUAAAUACAUUACCCUCGAAAAAGAAAAACAACUUAAAGAAUCAAUGAAAAUAAUGGGCCUACCCAAUUGGCUACAUUGGGCUGCUUGGUAUGUAAAAUAUUUCAUAUUUCUUCUGUUAAUAUCGAUAUUUGUAAUAUUACUACUGGCAAUAAGGUUCUCCGAUACCUCAAUUUUCCAGAAUUCAAAUAUAAUCGUAUUACUGUUAUUGUGCAUAUUUGUUAUUUCCUCAUGUAUCACAUUCUGUUUCGCCAUCAGCGUCAUGUUUAAUAAAGCUAACACUGCUUCAGUCCUAGGUAGUUUAAUUCUGUUCUUUUCCUUCGUACCCUUCUUGAUUAUUAAAACAGAAUCAGUACUAUCUAAACUGUUAAUCAGUUUAUUACCCUUAAGUGCAUUUGGUUUUGCAAUAGAAAUUGUACUAUUUUACGAAGGAAUUGGACAAGGUAUUCAAUGGGCGACAGUAUUUCAGCCGUACAGGCCAUCUGAAUCGAUAUCACUGGGACUGAUAAUGGUAAUGCUCACUGUUGAUACAGUCCUUUAUAUGCUUAUUGCCAUAUAUGUGGAGGCGGUUUUUCCUGGGGAGUACGGGGUGCCCAAGCCAUGGUAUUUCUUGUGUACGUGUAGUUAUUGGCACCUUCACAAACAUGUGAGCUUAGUUGGAAACCGUGCCAACACCGGAGAAUUUUUCGAAUCUGAACCACAAAACUUGGCAGUCGGAAUACAAAUCACAAACCUCAGAAAGGUGUUUCGCAAGAAGGCAGCCGUUGAAGAUUUAUCUUUAAAUAUGUACGAGAAUCAAAUAACAGUCUUGCUGGGACACAACGGUGCUGGCAAAACGACCACCAUGUCCAUGUUAAGCGGCAUGAUAACGCCCACUAGCGGCACUGCAAAAGUCAAUGGGUUCGAUAUCCGAACAGAAAUAGAUGGCGUAAGACAAAGUCUGGGUCUUUGUCCACAGCACAACGUCAUCUUUGACGAAUUGACUGUAGAGGAACAUUUGUACUUCUUUAGUAAACUGAAGGGCCUUAGUAAAGAUGAAAUUAAUGCGGAAAUCAACAAGUACGUUAGUCGAUUGGAGUUGGAACCUAAGAGAAAAGCCCGAGUUUCAUCACUGUCAGGUGGGAUGAAGCGCAAGCUGUGCAUCGCAAUAGCACUUUGUGGCUACUCAAAGGUAUUGAUGUUGGACGAACCCACGGCUGGUAUGGAUCCUUCAGCUAGGAGAGCCGUGUGGAAUCUGUUGUUGAGUGAAAAAGAAGGACGCACAAUGUUACUGACCACUCAUUUUAUGGACGAGGCAGAUCUGUUGGGUGAUAGGAUAGCCAUUAUGGCGGCAGGAAAAUUACAAUGCUGCGGAUCCAGUUUUUUCCUGAAAAAGAAAUUUGGAGCGGGCUAUAGCCUCAUCAUAGACAAAUCUCGAGAUUGCGAUCCAGCCCAAGUUACAGCAUUGUUGGGGAAAUAUGUACCCAACAUUGAGGUUCGAAGCAACGCAGGUUCCGAACUAUCAUAUAUUUUAGAGCAAAACUACAGUUCCCAAUUCGAAUCCAUGCUAAAAGAUUUGGAAAAUAAUUCAAAAAGAUUGGGAAUCCUGGGUUAUGGUAUUUCCUUGACUACAAUGGAGGACGUAUUCAUGAAAGUGAUAUCAGCACAUUUCCUAAGGGUCAAAGGACAUUUCCACUAUGCCCAAACUUUCCAAGCCAUGUUCAUGAAGAAGUACCUUACUACAUGUCGGUCUUGGCGCCUGUUCCUGACCCAGAUAGUCAUUGCGAUUGUAUUCGUUGUCUUACCUGCCAUGAACGUUGGAAAAGAAGACGAUGGAUCAUUAUCACCAGCUCAUUUGGAUUUAAGAGCUUUUAGGAAUCCGGUAGUAUUGGUGGAAGAUUUAUCAAAUUCCAUAUAUCUAGAAACGUAUUUGGAUUAUUUGAAGAGGAACAGUUAUAGCUAUAAGAAUACAGAAAAAUUAUCGGGAAAAAUUUUGGAUCUGAUCAAAAAUUCCCCUCUGGAAGUUUGGGCAAAUUAUAUUGUGUCAGCUACUUUCGACAAGGAAGGAAAUAAGGACCAUAUAACUGCUUGGUUCAAUGAUGCCUAUCACUCUGCUGGAAUCUCGUUGGCACUUGUGUUAAACGCUGCAUUCAAGAAAGCAUUGGAUUGUAAAGAAUGUUCGAUACAGUUCAUAAAUCAUCCGAUACCUUACGACCUCGAUAAAAAAGUACUUCAACUCACUGGUGAAGAUAAGACAGGUGUAUUAUCGAAUCAAGCAAGUUCCCUGGCAUUUAUAUCUGCGAUUUAUGUAAUUUUUAUAAUAAGAGAAAGAGUGUCCAAGUUCAAACAUCAACAGAUGAUCUCUGGAGCAAAUGUGCUGGUAUUCUGGUCAGCAACAUUAAUAUGGGAUUUCUUAACAUUCGUUUUGAUUUGUUUAGUUAUUUUGGCUACCAUUGCCUGUUUUCAAGUGGAAGGAUUGAAAACCCCUUCUCAGUUAGACGUCGAUAACAGCUUUUUCAUGUGGAAAUCACCAGGGAUUGGUAGAAAUAUAUGUUACUUAUGUAUAGUGGGAUUGACUUUCUUCUUGAUCAUCAUAAUGAUCGAGUCCAAACUGUUCUUGAUGUUAUUUUACUGCAUAAAAGGGAAUAAACGUCGCCCUCUGCAAGGAGUAACAUUUAAGAAAGAAGACAACGACGUAGCAGAAGAGAGAAGUAAGAUAAAAAAUGCUAGUAGGGAGGAACUUCUCAGCUACACUCUAAUAUUACGUGAUCUCACAAAAGUCUAUAAGAAGUUAUUGGCCGUAAACUCUUUGUGUUUGGGAGUGCGAAACAAUGAAUGCUUCGGAUUGCUGGGAGUUAACGGUGCCGGCAAAACCACCACGUUCAUGAUGAUGACCGGAGACACAAGAAUCACUUAUGGUGACGGUUUUGUGAAUGGGUACAGUAUAAAACGACAGUUAAAAAAUGCCCAAAAGUGUACGGGAUAUUGUCCCCAAUUUAGUGCUCUUUUGGAUGAUCUGACUGCUCAAGAAACAAUAGUAAUAUUGGCUUUGUUGAGAGGAAUCAAAUAUAGCGCCUGCAGACCUUUAGCGGACACAUUGGCGAGAGAGUUUGACUUUACACCACACUUGAAGAAACAAGUGAAGAAGCUCAGUGGAGGAAAUAAGAAGAAAUUGAGUACAGCCGUCGCCGUCAUAGGAAGUCCAACUGUGCUUUAUUUUGACGAACCCACGACAGGACUAGAUCCCGUGACAAGGCGGAAUUUGUGGAAUGCUCUUUGUAAAGUCCGUGACAGCGGCAAAUGCUUGGUUCUCACUUCACAUAGCAUGGAAGAAUGCGAAGCUCUGUGCACCAGAUUAGCCAUCAUGGUGAAUGGACAGUUCAAGUGUUUGGGUUCAUCACAACAUCUGAAGAACAAGUUCGCGAAGGGCUACCAACUCAUCAUCAAGCUAAAGAAAUCGGCUGAAGCUCUGUUUUUUGUAGAUUCACGGUCCAUAGAAAUGUUUGUAAAAUCACAAUUUCCCACGGCCGUUCUCAAAGAGAAGCAUGAGGAAAUGCUUUUUUAUUACAUCAAAGAUUUAUCGAUACCUCUGUCUCAGAUGUUUGGUAUUUUGGAGAGUGCGAAGAAAGGCGACUAUAAUCUAGAGGAUUACUCUCUUGGACAGAGCAGCCUUGAACAGGUUUUCCUUACAUUUACUAAACAACAAGUACAAUGA